AUGGCCUCGAUCGAGCCUCUUCCCAAAUGGGCCAUCGAUAUGAACACUCCGCCUCCGCGGCCUUCAAAAGCGAACAUUCCCGAUCCUCCAGGCUACUCACCCCCAUCCAAAGCAAGCACAAAACAAGUGAGCACCAAAGCAUCUAUGCUCAAAAUAAAGUCUAAUCCAUACCCGUAUCAAAAGCAGAAACCCUCUCAGCUAGCGGCCUCCGCAGCGGCUUCAGCACGCAAGUCCUCCGAAACAGAUGCGCUGAAGCUCAAAAAGGCUUGGGAAAUCGCCUUUGCUCCCGCCAAACAGAUACCCAUGAACGCGAUAAUGAUGUAUAUGUCUGGAAAUAGCUUGCAGAUUUUUAGCAUCAUGAUGGUGUUCAUGUUGUUCAAAGGCCCAAUUCAAGGCUUGGUUGCAACAAACUCUACAUUUGUGAAGUUUGAGACAGAAGGGAUCAAGACCCAAUUAAUUGGCGUAAAAAUAGUUUAUAUUUUGAUGCAGUUUUUGCUUUUGGCGCUGGGAGUAUGGAAGGUUAAUGGAAUGGGAUUAUUACCAACUACGAGGUCGGACUGGCUUGCUUGGGAGGUAGAAAGGGUGCCCUUGGAGCGGGCGUACUUUGCAUUUAGAUAA